CAUUGGCGUCCACUUUACAUCACCAUCAAACAAAUCCAAAAAGCAGCAGCAGUGCCGAUGACGAGAACUCUACCGGACCGUCUGCAUCUGUUGGUGCUACAUCUCCACACACUGACUAUAUGAUCAAAUGUCCACAAUGCUCAAUUCGUCUAAGUGGUGUCGAGGCAUUACGUGAUCAUAUAAUCCAUGACCAUCCACACGAUAAACUUAAUUAUGAGAAUUAUAGAACUUCACAUGUGAAUAUUGACUCUGAUGAUAAUGAGAGCAGUACCAGCGUAAACACGACGAAAAAUAGCAACAAUAACAACAAUAACAAUAACACAAUCAAAAACAAUAAUAGUAUUCAAAACAACGAUAACGACAGAACAUCUCAAAACUCUCCAAGUCUGUCGUCAUAUUCUAACAUGAUACCAACAACUUUAGCAACGCCGCCGGUGCAUGCAUCAACUACUGCUUCAUCAUUGUCACCAUUACCAAUACUCUCAUCUGCACCUGAUCUCAGCGCAACCACACCAUACGCAGCACACCACAAUCAUCAAACAUCCGCUGCAGCAGCAGCAGCAGCCAUGCAACAUCAUCAACUGCCAUCACACUUACCAGCUAAUUUGCAUCCUGUGCAGUUUAUGGCUGCUCUGGCAAUGCAAACAGCACAAAAUGGUGCGUGUUCAAAUGGUGGCUCAGCGUCGUCAUCGUCCACCUCGUCGCGGACAUCACCAACAAGCCAACUACUAGCACUAACGAAUGGUCAGCACCAACACAAUGUGCAUCAUUUAUCUAAUAAUGCCGGUAACAGUUCCAGUUUAUAUGACUUAGACGGUGCACGUUUCACCUCGAGCCCCAGUUCUACACUUGGCGAUAGCUCAGCGGGACACUAUCAAUGCAUGCAGUGCACGGCGACAUUCCAAACUCGCGAUCAACUCGAAAAGCACGAACUUCUGCACUCUCCAAACGCGCAGGCGCAAUCUCAGGGCGGUGCGAAUCAAAGCUGCAAUAUUUGUCAUAAGGCAUUCGCAAAUGUUUACCGCUUACAACGCCACAUGAUCAGUCACGAUGAGUCGGCUUUGUUGCGCAAAUUCAAGUGUAACCAAUGCGAUAAGGCAUUUAAGUUUAAGCACCACUUGAAGGAACACGUUCGAAUUCAUUCUGGAGAAAAACCCUUUGGUUGUGAUAAUUGCGGUAAACGGUUCUCACAUUCAGGUUCAUUCUCUUCGCAUAUGACUUCGAAGAAGUGUAUUAGCAUGGGAUUGAAACUCAAUAACAACCGUGCUAUGCUGAAAUCGUUAGAGAAAAACGGUGUCACCAGUCCCACAACACAAGGUUCUACCGCGAAACGUCAUAACAUGAAUACAAGUGCCUCCAAUGGUAAGACAAAUGGUAUAAUUGACCAUUCUUCAAAUAUUGCCUUGGGGAAUUCGCCUAUAAAUCCAACUGGCAUGCCCAACCCUAUGAAUUAUUUUGCCGGUGAUGUUGUUUCUAGUGGAGGAACUGCUGCAUUUUACCAAAAAUUAUUGCCAAAUUACAAUGAUUAUCAUGCCGUAAAUGCACUUUUAGCUGCAUUUCCACAUCCUUUUUAUAAUUUGCCACUUGAACCUAGAAUUCAUCCCUAUGGAAUUCAACGUCUAUUAGAACUAACUGCAGCUGGUCAGCAACAACAUCAGCUUGAUAUGCAAUCUCAUCUCGCUUCCAAUGGUAACAUUAUCGACGAUGCUGUUGAAGAAGAGACACCGGAUGACCCAAAACUGAUUAUGGACAUAGAUGAUAGUGAACAAAAAGAUAUUGAAGAAGACAAAAAUGGUGAUGAAUACAAAUCCAACUCUUUGGAAGAGUGUGAAAAAGAUUAUGAACUUCGAGAAGAUAAGGUAGAAACGGGUAAUAGCCGUCCAAAAUCCAGAAGUUCAACACCAGAAGCAUUGCUUGAAAAUAAUGAAAAACCUUAUUUAAAUAAUUUAGCUGAAGAUAUAAUAAAUAAUGAAAAGUUCGAAAAUAUUUCUGUUAAGUUAGAAAGAAGUCGAACCACUUCACCCAUCACAAUAGACAGUAGUACCGUAAUACCUUGCAUUAAAAUCAAAUCAGAAGAGCGUUGUGAAACAGAUUUCAAUGAAGAAAUCAAAACGCUAUCCACAAGCAACAAGAUGACCGAGAUAACUACUGUAUCUAAAAACAACCAGACUGCUAAGACAGAGGAACAGAAAGAACUCACCGAAAUUAAUUUAGGUUUUGAGCUACGUUGUAGUCGUUGUGACAAGCAGUUCAACCAUCCAACUGAACUUGUGCAGCAUGAAAAAGUUCUUUGUGGGUUAAUAAAUCAUGACUUCGACCAGCGCCAAUACCAACGACAACAUUUAGUGCGUUUGAAUGAAUCAGUCGAACAGACAUCAGGAAGUUCUUCAUUACUUUUACAGUCCAGUGAUUUAGAUGAGGAUGAGCAGGAACAGGAACACGAUGAGGAACAUGACUCUAGUUCGCGCAACGACUGCAAUAGCGAAAAUGGUGAACGUAAAGUACGAGUGCGUACAGCCAUCAACGAGGAGCAGCAACAGUUACUAAAACAACAUUAUGCUCUGAAUGCUCGACCAAGUCGUGAGGAAUUCCGCGCUAUUGCUGCACGACUACAGCUCGAUGCACGUGUAGUUCAAGUGUGGUUCCAAAAUAAUCGCUCACGCGAACGCAAGUUGCAAAGUUAUCAUCAUCAACAAUUAACUCAAAGCAAUGGCAACAAAUUGUCGUGUCAGGUGCAGGAAAGCAGUGAGUCAAAAAAUAGUUUCGUGCCCAAAGGAAUAGACGAACAGCCGCUCGAUUUGUCAUUUAAGCGAGAAGACAUGAUGUCUGCUAAACUAACUAUUAACUCCUCACAGCAACUCUCUCCACUCUAUGGAGUUGUACCGCAAUCAUCUUCAAAUCUGAACGAAGCUAUUAAUCUUUGUAGACGGAAAGUGUCCUCUCCUUCGUUUUCUCCCUCGUCUGCUGCAUCAGUGCCACAAACGUUCAAACAACAACAAGUGGCUGCAGCCGCGGUAGCGGCACUAUACUUUGGACCAACGCCCGCACCGCAUAUACUGCGACAGACUCCUUCCCCAAACGAAACACCUAUGCUACCACAACAAACGUCAACACCUCGCCACAAUACUUUGCCGACUGGUGGUUUUCCUAAUGCUGCAGCUGCAGCUGCAGCUCUCGCAAUGACUGGCGCUCAUUUACCUUCAUCAUACAUGUUACCUGGUUCAUCAACACAACGCAAUUUGGUUCCAAUGGAAGCGCUCUUUCAGAUGUCACCAGCUGCUGCCGAAUAUGCUCGAAAUCCGUUGAUGAGCAGUAUUAAGCUGAACACAUUACGAGGUACAAGCCUUAGUCCUGGAGGCUCAGAGAAACGUUCAUGGCGUGAUGAUGAUUCUCGUAUUUCACACGAGGAUGACUUUGCAGCUACAAUGUUGCUUCCUCCCAAACCAAAACGUGCCAAAAAUGAAUCUACACAUGGCCAUGCUGGCGAUCCUGACCUACCAUUCGUUUGCGAUCAAUGUGACAAAGCCUUUGCAAAGCAAAGUUCGCUGGCAAGACACAAAUAUGAACAUUCCGGUCAACGCCCCUACCAAUGUGCUGAUUGUCCAAAAGCGUUCAAACACAAACAUCAUCUUACUGAACAUAAACGCUUACACAGCGGUGAGAAACCCUUUCAAUGCUCCAAAUGCCUUAAACGAUUCUCGCAUUCCGGCUCCUAUAGCCAGCACAUGAAUCACCGCUAUUCAUAUUGCAAGCCCUAUAGGGAAUAGGUAAGCGACAA